AUGAAACAAUUAUUUCACGGGAACCUCGUUAUCGACAAGUAUUCUUAUUUCGUUGCUGCUCCAGUUCUUCACAACAGAAAGGGGAAUGGUCUGAAUGUCAUUUGGACUUUGCAGCCGAAAGAUGUUACCAAGAAAAUGCAUGAGACUUUUCUUAAAGACCCUGCUAUACAAUUCGCUUCCUCGACCUGUUACGACGGGGGCUAG